AGCAGCUCUGGGGGAGGAGGGUGGGAGAGAGUUGGGGAGCAGCCGCUGGGCACCGGGCUGGGGUUCAGUCAGCACCAUGAGGAGUCAGAUCGACCUGCUGGCCACCGUCACGGUUCUGGGAGCCCUGGAGCAAGCCUAUUUUGCACUGCAGGUGAUCUAUGCCCGGCGGAAGUACAAGAUAUCUCCUCCUGAGACAACGGGUCACCCUGAGUUUGAGCGGAUCUUCAGAGCUCAGGCUAAUUGCUCAGAGUACUUCCCGAUCUUCAUCUCUCUCCUCUGGGUUGCUGGAAUCUUCUUCCAUCAAGGUGUGACUGCGGUCUGUGGGCUGCUGUACCUCUACACCCGCUUCAGGUACUUCCAGGGAUACGCUGUGGCCGCAAAGGGACGGUUGGGGCCGCUGUACACCAGCGCUCGGCUGCUCUGGCUGCUGCUGGGGCUGGCGCUGGCCGGGCUCCUGGCACAUUUCUUCCUGCCCAGCUCCUUGGCAUGGACGGCAGCGCUGGCACGGCCCCUCCAGCUGCUUGGAGCCUGGUGAGCAGGGCCAACUCUCCCAAAGCCCUCUGUUCAGCUUGGGUGGAGGGGAGGGAGUUGCGUGACAUGGAGACCAAGUAUCUUCCCAGCUUUGUGCUUACCUUUGAAGGGAGGUGGUCCUGGCCCUCCUCUGCUUGCAAAG